AUGUGUACUUUGAAGCACUGUAGACACUGUAUUCAUAUUGAAUUUGUUUCAAAGGAAAAUAUUCCUAAACUUCGCUCUGUUCCUUUACAGAUCCAAUUUAAAAUUCUGAGAGGACACAGUGAAACUGUGAGCUCCUGCCAUUUUUGCUUUGAAGACACAAAAAUACUUUCAUGCUCUUAUGAUAGAACAGUGAAGCUCUGGGUAUGUUAUGAAUGUAACAACAACAAACUAAAAAAAAAAAUCUUAAAGCUGAAAUCAAACAGGGAAUGUUAUACAGUCACAGAAAAGAAGUUCAUAGUUGAAGAUAUUUUUGAUGUUAAAGGCAAAGCACUUUGUAAUCAAACUCAUUUGGAUUUACUCAAGGAUGUUGAGAAAGGUUUUCCUAUUCAAGUUUUUGAAGAACACACCGCCCCAAUUUCUGAGUGCAACUUGACUCCUGAUGACAGAAGAGUGGUAACAUCAUCAUAUGAUCACACUGUCAAGGCUUGGGAUAUGGAAACAGGAAAAAUGCUUUGGGCAGUAGAUCAUGAAGGCAUUGUAACUUCAUGUAAUAUUUCUUGUGAUGGUAGAUAUGUGGUAUCUGGUUCAGACAAAGAAAAUACUAUAUAUGUUUUUGAUGCAAUAAGAGCAACAGUAGUGGCACAUAUCCAAGGUCAUCACAAAAGUACAAUCACAAGAUGCUGUUUUGAUCCUGAUAACCGAAGAGUGACUUCAGUAUCAUAUGAUAAGACCAUAAAGCUAUGGGAUAUGAUAACACGAUCCACCUCAAUUACAAUUAAUGAGGGACACAGCAAUGCUAUCUCAGAUUGCUGCUUUACCUCUGAUGGUCAUUACUUGUGCACAGCAUCCUGGGACAAAAGCUUAAAAAUAUGGGACAUAAAGACAGGAGAAUUUCAGUGUCAUGAACCCGUUUCCUUGAAUGAAGGACAUGAAGGUUCUGUUAGUUCCUGCCUUUUUAGCCAAGAUGCAUCUCUUGUUGUGUCUGGCGGAUAUGACAAAGCUAUAGCUAUAUGGGAUACAGAGGGAGGCUAUAAAAAGCUAAGCUUAAAGGGUCAUUUGGACUGGGUGACAGAUGUUGCAAUUAGCAAAAACAAGAAAUGGAUUCUUUCAGCCUCAAAGGAUUCUACUGUGAGAUUGUGGAAUAUUGAAAAAAUGGAUCAUAUCUCUUCAGUGAUAGAAAGCAGAAAAGCAAGAGGCUCAAAAAUUGCUCAGUGUGAAGAAUGUGAAAAACCUUUCUUACGCCUGCAGAGUAGUGACUCUGAAAUGAUAUCCAAGUGUGUAUUCUGUCGUCCGCCUUCUCCAGUGAGAAAAAAUUUGCCAUUGCCACCUGCUGUUUCUCCUGAUCUUUAA